GACUGCCAGCCAAAUGAACACUUUAGGAGGAGGUGCAUAUAUAUGUCCACAGCACCCAGCGGGUAUAUCCACCCUACUGUGCAUAGGUGUUGGAGCUCUCAUGGGGACGGUUUAGACAACAGUGUAGCCUCACCUGGUACAGGGGAUGACGAUGACCCAGACAAAGACAAAAAGCGACAGAAGAAAAGAGGCAUUUUCCCCAAAGUAGCAACAAAUAUCAUGAGAGCGUGGCUUUUCCAGCAUCUCACACAUCCAUAUCCUUCAGAGGAGCAGAAGAAACAGUUAGCCCAAGACACAGGACUUACAAUUCUACAAGUAAACAACUGGUUUAUUAAUGCCAGAAGAAGAAUAGUACAGCCUAUGAUUGACCAGUCAAAUCGAGCAGUGAGCCAAGGAGCAGCAUAUAGUCCAGAGGGUCAGCCGAUGGGAAGCUUUGUAUUGGAUGGUCAGCAGCACAUGGGAAUCCGGCCUGCAGGACCUAUGAGUGGAAUGGGCAUGAAUAUGGGCAUGGAUGGGCAGUGGCACUACAUGUAACCUUCAUCUUGUAAACCAAUUGCAAAGCAACGGGGAAGUUUGCAAGGCAUGCCAGGGGACUACGUAUCUCAGGGUGGUCCUGUGGGUAUGAGUAUGGCACAGCCAAGUUACACUCCUCCCCAGAUGACCCCACACCCUUCUCAAUUAAGACAUGGACCCCCAAUCCAUUCAUUUUUG